AUGUCCAAACAAGUAUCUCCUUCAUCUAUUGCCACAAAACCAUCUUCUUCCAACCAUUCGGAAAAAAACAUGUACUGCCAAAAAUGUGCGAACGCCAUGCAACGUAUUCAAGAGGAAGGAUCCACUUUUUCACGAAUGAAAUGCAUGUCAAUAAGACUUGGCCCAGUCAUUGGUAUGGAUCCACUCGAUGCAGUGAAAAGAGAAGUGCAAGAGGAGUUAGGCUUGUCCAAAGUCGUGGUCACUUCACAAGAUUUAAUUGGAGUUUAUAAUUUUGCAGUUAAGAAUGAAAUUAUUAUUGUGUAUCAUGUUCAAGUGUGUGAAGAUUCCAAUGAAGAAAUUCGUAUUGACACGAACGAAUUGAGUGAUUUCCAAUUGGUGAGAAUUGAUAAGGUACGACCAUGGAAAGCUGGCACAGGCUAUGCAUUGCGUGAUUGGCUCUUGAAAAAAGGAUUUACCGAAAAUGCAAACAACUUUAUUGAUCCAUUUCAAAAGAAGGAAAGUGUAGUUGAUACAACAAGUAAACUUUAA